CUUAAUUAUAUAUAGAAAUAAAGUUAUGUAGAAAGAAAGAGUUUGGAGAUGUCAACAUCAUAUCCAUAUCUACUUAAAUCAGAAAAAAGGUGGUGUCUGACUUUUUUCUUGAACGACAAUUUAGAUGAAGAUCUUAUAGAAGUUGGAAUCUGGUUCCAUACCCUAACACCAACACGGGAAAAUGAGUUCUUUUGUAGAUUUGUACGAGAAGACUGAGUAUAGAAGUUCUUGGAGUAAGAUGACCUAGUGUUCUAAGAAUGGAUACUAGAAAUAGAAGAAAAUAAUUUACAAAUGUUUGAGGGUGCACUUUGAUUAACAACGUCAUACAUUAAUUUAGAAAUACAUUCAUAGAAAAGAUUUACUAGUAAAAUAUUGGUUUUGGAAAACAAUGGAAAGGCACUUUAUUAUCAACAAAAUGGAUUAAUCUUAAAGCUCAUUUUUGUAGGAUUAAUACUUCAUGAAUUUUACAAGCCUGUCCCCAAGAACUAAGACCAUAUGUUAAAUAAGGUUGAAUCAGAGAGCGAUGUAAUGUCAUAAGGGUAUGUAGUGGAAUAAAAUGUCUAAGCUUGGCCAAAAGGUCGACAACCUUGCUUAUUUUGUUGCAAAUAAAAUCAAUAUGAGGCUUCCAAGAAAGAUUGUCAUCGAUUAUUAAACCCAAAUAUUUGACAUACUUUUUACGUUCAAGUGAAACAAGUUUGUUUUCAGACACUGUUUUGAGAGUAUGUUAUGCACAACCUGUCAACCUCGAUUACAAUUUCCUAUCUCUGUAUUGGCUCAAUUUAAUGUUUUAAAGUAAUUAUUUUUUCGACUAAAAUGAAUGACUGACUAAAACCCUUUUAGUUUUCGUCGACUAAAACUAGACCAAAACUAUCAAGGAUGGAAUUGACUAAAAUGCGACUAAAACUAAUAAGCAUUUUGUCCAAAAGACUAAGACUAAAACUAAAUCAAAAAUGGCUGCCAAAAACAACACUGUAGGAGCGUGACGAACUAAGGAAGGAUGCAUCAUGACUCGAAAAACCCAAUCAGGAAGAGAACAAGGCUAGCAGCGUUUCCAAAAGUCUCUACUUUUGGUGCUCAAAAACACCAGGGGGCUCAUUUAUCAACCGUUCUUACGCACAGUUCUGUGCGUAAAAGGUUCGUACGAACAUUUUUGCGCAAAGUGUGGAAUUCAUGAAUAUGUAUUUGAACGUAGAAUUGUGCCUAAAUAUACGCACACCUCGGACCAUGCUUACGUACAAUACCUAGUGGUAGAAUAACGAAACAACAAGUAGUGUUGAUUCUAGAGUCGAACUGUGCCCGAUGCGCAGGUUACAAUACAACUAUUUUUGUGUUUGUUUGUUUGUUUGUUUGAGUGUAUUCGAAGUAUUUUGGUUUCGAACGUGCUGAAUCAAAUUCAAACACACCAACAACGUGAUCUUGUGGGCCGAUUUCAGAUUACUCACGGUGUAACUAAUAAUUGACUAUUGACUAAUUUACUCAUGUGUAAAUAAUUAUUUGAAUUGAUAUACGUAUAAAAAGCACACACAUGAUAUGCCUAUCAGAACGCAACAUGGCCCAUCUUGCAUUGCUAGAAGAGUUGGCAAACCGUGCGUUCCGCAGGGAGCGCGUAUUCAGAGAGAGAGCCGAUUUAUUUUGAGCAGGUAUCGUUUUCCAAAGCAUAUAUUACUUGAUUUAUGUCAUGAAUUGGGUCCUAUGCUAGAGCGCGAAACAAAGCGCACGAAAGCCAUACCUGUCCAUAUCCAAGUUCUGUCUACCCUAGGAUUUUUGGCUACAGGCACGUUUCAACGUGAACUUGGGGAUAGAGUGGGUAUUUCUCAGCCGUCACUGAGCAGAAUUUUGCCAACAGUUUUGGAUGCAAUAGUUUCUUUGGUGCCAAAUUAUAUUCGGUUCCCUUAUUUACUUCCGCAUAAAGCUGAAGUUAAGCAAGGAUUUCAUGCAAUCGCGGGGUUCCCCAAUGUUAUUGGGGCAAUAGAUUGCACACACAUAGCGCUAAAAGCACCAUCACAGCACGAAUACAAUUUCGUGAAUAGGAAGGGGUUUCACUCCAUCAAUGUGCAGCUCAUAUGUGAUGCCGAUUUGAUGCUUUUAAACGUUGUUGCUCGAUGGCCUGGGGGAACGCACGACUCGUUUAUUGUGCAGAACAGCUCAGUGGGCAUUCGUUUACAAGAAAGAGCUGUUGAAGACGGAUGGCUUAUUGGUGAUCAAGGAUAUCCACUCAAACCGUGGCUCAUGACCCCACUAACCAACCCCCAGACACAGCAGGAACAAGCCUACAACCGGGCCCACGCGCGCACCAGAGUUACAAUAGAGCGCGCAAUUGGUUUGCUGAAGGGCCGAUGGCUGUGUUUGUCAAGGGCGGGGGGAACGCUGCAGUACCGACCUGAAAAGGUGUGCAGCAUGGUUAUGGCUUGCUGUGUGCUCCACAAUUUGGCCAUCAGAAGAGGAGUCCCCCUGCAGGAUCCCCCUAGACCUGAUGACCCCAUGCAUGACGAAGAGCGUUGAGAAGAGGGCCUUGCACCUGCUAAUGCUUUUGCGAUGCGGAUCAGAGCGGGGAUCAUACAGAGAUUUUAGGACCUCAUCAGUUAAUACCCUUGGUGCCCGAGCCUCACGCACAGAGGACGACCUUGCCUCCUCCUGCACCAUCGCGGCAGGAGCGGACGUGUCUGUAUAAUUGAAAGAGCAGAUGCAUUAAUAAGCUACUUCUGUUUAAACCAAAAAUUUCUGUUUGAAACAAAGUUUUUUUUAUCGAUUCAGUAAAAAAUGUUUAGAUUUAAAUUCUGCAUUAAAUGUGUG